AUGGCGCACGAACAACUCUCAUCCAGUCUAGCAAGGCAUCAUAGUCAUGCAUAUAAGGAUGCUUACUGGCGUGAUCACCAUGCAAGUAAGAAAGAUAAUCAGCAUGAUCACCAUGCAAGUAAGAAAGAUAAUCAGCAUGACCACCAUGCAAGUAAGAAAGAUAAUCAGCAUGACCACCAUGCAAGUAAGAAAGAUAAUCAGCAUGACCACCAUGCAAGUAAGAAAGAUAAUCAGCAUGACCACCAUGCAAGUAAGAAAGAUAAUCAGCAUGAUCACCAUGCAAGUAAGAAAGAUAAUCAGCAUGACCACCAUGCAAGUAAGAAAGAUAAUCAGCAUGACCACCAUGCAAGUAAGAAAGAUAAUCAGCAUGACCGCCGUGCCGAUAGACAUUUCUUUUAA